CCAUCCUCCAUCCUCACAAAGCGAAGGGAUAGAAAUUUUAAUAAUCUCAUUCAUAGCUUGCAAAUCGUUCUAUCCUCAUCUCCUCUCACCCGCCCUGCCCUGCGUUCUGUAGCAGUUGGUGGCUGUUUUCUGCCUUUCUUCCAUAACCCUUUACCCCCACUGCUAGGUUAUCGUUGCUUAUCCCCCCCCGUCUCACACCUCCGCACCCCUCAUCUUCCUCUCACCCCGCCACCAGCCUGCUUCCCUUCAUCAACCAACACGAAUUCUUCUAACAGCAGCAACAACAAAAUCAAUCUUUCACCAAAAACAUCCGUCAAACAUGGCCGACCGAUACAUUCCUGAGCAUAGACGCAACUUUAAGGCGAAGGCCAACUUCAAGCCCGAUGAGUUGAGACGUCGUCGCGAGGAGCAGCAGGUGGAGAUCCGAAAGCAGAAGCGGGAGGAGAAUCUGGCAAAACGGAGAAAUAUGGCCGUAACUAGCCCUGCACCCGGAGCUGGCGUCGAUAGCGACGAAGAGGGAGGAACCGAAUCACAGCUAAACGAGGACCUCCCGUCUAUGUGCGCCGGUGUUUUUUCUGAAUCAAUUGAUCAACAAAUUCAGGCUACCACCAGAUUCAGAAAACUUUUGUCGAAGGAGCGCAAUCCUCCCAUUGAGAAAGUUAUCGAAUGUGGCGUGGUUUCUCGCUUCGUAGAAUUUCUUCGCUCACCCCAUACUCUCGUUCAAUUUGAGGCGGCUUGGGCUUUGACCAAUAUUGCGUCCGGAUCUGCAUCACAGACUCAAGUUGUCAUUGAGGCUGGCGCUGUUCCCAUUUUCGUCGACUUGUUAUCUAGCCACGAGCCAGAUGUUAGAGAGCAGGCUGUUUGGGCUCUGGGUAACAUUGCUGGUGAUUCGCCACAAUGCAGGGAUUUCGUUUUGUCUGCUGGUGCUCUGCCACCUCUGUUGAGCCUCUUGGGCGAUAGCCGGAAGUUGAGCAUGCUUAGGAAUGCUACUUGGACGUUGAGCAACUUUUGCCGUGGAAAGACCCCUCAACCGGAUUGGCCUACGAUCCUUCCGGCUCUUCCGGUCCUCGCAAAGUUGGUGUAUUCUCUGGAUGAUGAAGUCCUGAUUGACGCCUGUUGGGCUAUUUCUUAUCUAUCGGAUGGCUCCAAUGAUAAGAUCCAAGCGGUCAUUGAGAAUGGAAUUCCGCGGCGCCUUGUCGAACUUUUGAUGCACUCGUCUACCUCAGUUCAGACUCCCGCCCUUCGCUCAGUUGGUAACAUCGUUACCGGAGAUGAUGUGCAAACACAGGUUAUUAUCAAUUGCGGCGCUCUCCCUGCCCUCCUAGCUCUGUUGGGUUCGCCCAAGGAUGGGAUCCGAAAGGAGGCGUGUUGGACUAUUUCCAACAUUACCGCCGGGAAUUCGACCCAGAUCCAGGCGGUCAUUGAUGCCAACAUAAUCCCCCCACUCAUCAACCUCCUCUCGCACGGCGACUUUAAGACCCGUAAGGAAGCUUGCUGGGCAAUUUCGAAUGCAACUAGUGGAGGACUCCAAAAGCCCGAACAAAUUAGAUAUCUCGUUUCUCAAGGAUGCAUCAGACCUCUUUGCGACCUUCUCGGGUGUAUGGACAAUAAGAUCAUUCAGGUUGCCCUCGAUGGUCUCGAGAAUAUCCUGAAGGUUGGCGACAUGGACAAGAACGCUGAGACCGACAACAUGAACCGUUAUGCUAUGUUCAUCGAGGAGGCUGGUGGAAUGGAGAGGAUCCAUGCCGCUCAAAAUAAUGCCAAUGAGGAAAUCUACAUGAAAGCGUAUAACAUCAUCGAAAAGUACUUUUCUGAUGAGGACGAUGAGACCGGGGCGGAGAUUCAGGGAUUGGCUCCCCAACCCCAGCAAGAUGGCCAAGCUGGUACCUUUAGCUUUGGUGCACAACCGCAGCAGGGGGGCUUCAACUUUGCCAAUGGGGAUAGCAUGGACAUGUGAACCAUUCUCGCCAUCAACGGAUACCAAAAAACAAACUGCUUGGGAAAACGCAAUAGAGGGAAUCAAUUUGUGGAGGUGUUUUAAAAGCACAUUAUUGACUGUUUUUCUUCGGAUAACUUACACUUUCUCUCAUUUGGUUCGGGUUUCUGAGCUUUUCUCUUUGUCUACCUUUUUUCCUUUCCUGUUUCUCUCUUUUUUUGUUUCUCCUUUUUUUUUUCCCCACAAAUGUUUUACUCUAGGGCCGGCAUUCUCUUAGGUGGAGGAGGGGCAAGUAGGUGGUUGGUGGAUGGUUCGGAAGAAACGAGCAAAAAAAUGAGAAAUGAGGAAAAAGAGAAUCAAAGGGAAACGCUUUAAUUGCUAUUUGUACCAGCUAACCAGAAAGUGAUUUCUUUCCUUCAUCCUCAUUUCCCCUAUCCUGAAUAUUUUCUGCGCUGUUCCACGUCUUCUAUUUAUCAUUUUUUUUUUUGCAACUAUGACACCCCCAUCCGUCCAUCCGUCCAUCCGUCAUGUUUUCCUUUAACCUGCCUUUUUUCACCAAUUUUCGCACUUCAAUGUAACCCAAUGCUUUUCCCAUCCAUCCACCCAUCUAUCCGUCUACCCUAUUUAUUCACACUAUCUCGUCGAUCCCAAAUAAAUACAUAACACAGACCGA